CAGUCACGGCGAGGACUGUGCGACACAAACCCCUCGGUUACUUUGCUCCUCACUAGUCGUUGGCACGACUACUUCAUUACCUGCAACGCGAGUUGUGUUUCUUUUGGACAUCAACUGAGGGCAUUUCGAAACGGCUAGGAAAAACGUUAAGCGUAGAUUGCUCACUCUGCUGGGCAAGAAGUUGCCGUCUCUGAACUUACCUCACUUUCAGCGGCGUCGCUCUCCCUCGGAUCUCUUUACGUUUGCUAAUUCUUUCCCCUGGCUUUUUUCGGUUGAGUAAACGGGAACAAACCGGUUCUCUCUUGCUCUGUGGCUGUUCUCUUCUGGUGCUUAGUGAAUUCCAGUAUCGAGCCUCGUCUCCAAGCGCAGUUCAGCGUGAGUCGCGGUACUCUGCUAAGCCGUUCUAGCGUGGAAUCCCCCUGGGUUGCUGCUUUUGGUUCUUUUUUUGAGACACGUCAAAAAAACUCCAUUCCGUCAUGCGAGCUUAAGUGCCAAGGGCUAUUGAGGGAUGAGGACACACGCCGUCUCAGUGUUGUUUGCUGCGUAACGCGUGUCUCUUUCCGUGUUCAAAUGAAGGGAGUCUCAUCUCGGUGCUCCGCCCUUCUGCGGGGUGGCUGCCUCGCGUUGGCGGUGCUGGCGGCACUCGAACGGUUGUUCACUGUUGCUGACAACGUUGCAACUGCGGAAAAUGUGCAAAGCGGCUUUCCACCGCUAGGCGUCUCGCCGCUCGAAGGCACAACUCAGGUGGGGUCGUCGCCGCGGCGGCUGAUGAGUGAGGGACUAUCAAUGAUGGUGAUGCAGUAUUUGCUGUUUCCGGAAAUGCGAGAGUCUCUGGUUGAUCUCGGGGCGAAGAGCAUGGAAAUUCUCAAAGGCGGGCCCACGUACGACGUGCUUUUGGAUUACUACUACGACCCGCAAAACUGCGUCGUCGCCUUUGACACGCUGUACGACGGGACUUUUUUCGGUUUGGUGAAUUUAGACUCGGUGAAAGUCACGUACAGCCACGUCCAGCACCAGGGCGUGCUCGACUACGUCGAGAGCAGACGCGACACUGUGGAAGUGCUGAAGCGGAAGCAGCGGCACGUGCAAAAGUUCAACCUCCCCAAAGGGUGCGUUGCAGACGAGGAUUCCUACUGGGUAGGAUAUUGCCGCAGCGUCUCCCCGCCCUGCUACCUCGGGCGGAUCGACGUGCACCUUUCGAAGGGUGUUCCUAAUGAACAGGCUGUGCCUCUGGAACCCAUUCCGUACGAAGAAUUUGUUGAACAGUUGGUGGAAAGAGAGGGUAUGGGCUUUUACGACGUCGAGGACAUGUUCGAUGCGGAAACCCCCAUGUACCGUCUCACGUGGGAUCCAGAAAAGUGCUUUGCCCACUUCCGAUACUUCACCGACGACCUGGCGGCGACCGCGUACUACUGGAUUCAGAGUCGCCAGGCCUUUCGAAUCGACGUGAAGAAUCCGGAGGACAAAUUCGUGAGAAAAAUGUCCGCAAUGGGGGCAGACUGCGGCGGAGAGGGCCCCCACGAGUUCUCAGUGACCUACAAGCGGCUCGAAGACGGCUCGUACAAGGCGCUCUUCCGCGCGCGCAAGCUCAACGACUACGAACCCCGUCACACGGACACGAUUGAACUGAAAGAAGCGAAACCAAACUUCCCAGUUCAGGACUGGGACCCCGAGAUGGGCGAAGUCAUGGACUUCAUUGACUUAUUCCCAGAAGUCGAUGCUGUUGCUCUCGACAUGAUGGCUAAGGAACAGUAAACCGUGCAGCCGCGGCUUAUAGCCGCCGUCAAUGAAUAGCCGGUGUGAAGCGGGGUCACCAUUUUCCGGGCCCUUUUCUCUUGCGUACUCGGAUGCAUAUAUCUACCCAUACAGGUAAAACUAUGGACACGUAGUGGCGCCACGAACUACGUGUUUCUGUGUGCGAGCCAAUCUGGCAAAGGUAAGGCGGGGCCUUCUGAUGGUUUGCGAAGGAUCCCUGCUAUUUUUGGUCCUUUACGGUUGCCCUGGUACUCCAUCUCUUUCGAAGGCAGACUGAGUCUCUUCGUUUUAAAAGAAUCAGGCUUUAAGAAAGCGGAGGGGUAAGAUGUUGAGGGCGCCGUGCUUUGUUUCACGUGAACGCGGCCACGGAGUCAUAUCUAGCGUCUCCACGAGUAUCGGAAGAAAUAAGAGGAAUUGUAUUUUUUUUUCGGGAAAUGCGAACAGAGGAAGCGAGGCUCGAAGUCAAUCGACGCAUCUGUAGAGGAGCACCUCUAACGGUGCAUCAUUGUCUUCUCGGAAAGAAAUGUGAGACGGGGGGCUCUCACCUAAUCAGAGUGCGGGCGUACCGCAGAGGUAGGUUCUCGAAGAGAGUAACCGGUCAGAUGCGAUCUUUGAGAACCUUUUCUCCACUCUCUUAGUCAUUUGAAUGACUCGAGAUAACAGACGUGUUAGCCAAGAUGCUUAUGUUCCGACUUCCACGUGGGAGAUUCUUGGGAAACACUGAAGAGUUGUAUGACGCCAGUGGUGGGAACACCCAAUCGCUUCGGAUUUCCUCGUUGCCGAGGCGUCUUCGUUUCCGAACUCUAAGCUUCUACGGUCGAUUGAUUUCCACAAGGAGGCAAAUUUUAGAGCUUGCGGUGCGUCCAUCGGGACACAAGAGUGUGUCACAGCUAGAAUCAGGGACAGUGGUUCAAGGAGAGUGCAUCCUGAUUACAAGCACUUCGCUACGGUCAAGUGUCUGAGCGGUUGAAAGGCCUAUCUUCACGUGAGCCGCACUCCAGCGGACUCUGCAGUCGCCUGCCGCGAUGUGCUUUUUCCCGUGCCACCAGAAAGCUGCUCAGUGCGGCGUUCAAUCCUAGAUGCAGUUCAGGCGUUUCCAACUUCUGUGUCAGUGGGCUUCUGAGUGCGAGGUGCUCAAAGAGAGCCUCUGGGCUGACCUGUUAGCUACUGGAAACUUUUUGUUUCACGAGCUCACACCCGGCUGAACGGAAACCCGUGUCAGAGUUCAGCUGGACACCAGCAAUCGUGGGCAUCAACCCGCCAGAUUCGAAGCCGAGUGCUGUAAACCUGAGUCACGGAAGAGCUAUCUAUAUUC